AUGUAUGCUGUUGCUGCCUGUUCUGAAAACUCGUUUCUGGCAUGGGAAGACGAACAUGAGGAUUCCGAGCUUCCUACCCUAUUCGACGAGUAUCAGAACUAUAUAUCAGCCCCAAGAAUCAAAGUCAAGGAUGUACGAAGGUGGUGGCUUGAGGAUACACAACAAACGCUCUAUCCAAACCUUUCCAAAAUGGCGCUGGAUCUUUUGUCAAUUCCUGCGAUGUCUGCUGAGCCAGAACGUCUCUUCUCCGAUACAAAAAUCACCCUCCAAGAUCGCAGGAACAGUGCUCACAACGCUGAAAAGCAAUACGAGUGCUCAUUCUGCGGCAACCGCUUCAAGAACAAGAACGAGGCAGAGCGUCACCAAAAUUCACUCCACGUGCGCCGCCAUUCGUGGUCAUGCUCAGCUCUUUCUGGAUACGAUAGGGCUUUUCACGAUUGUACUAACCGACCUGGCGAAGCUGACACCUGUGGCUACUGCGGCGACGAAUUCACGCGGUCUGGACGUGGCCCUGGUAGUGGUGCUUUGAACAGUGGUAAUGCGCCUCGACACGCUACUGAACAAGAUUGGGAUGGACGUAUUAGGCAUCUGCAGGACGUGCAUAAGUUCCGAGAGUGUAACUCGUCCAAAAAGUUCUUUCGAGCGGAUCACUUCAGACAGCAUCUCAAGCACAGCCACGCGAGCACAAGUGGAAAGUGGACCAACAUGCUGGAGAAUGCCUGCAUGCUUGAGGAAGACCCAACACCUCGGUAA